AUGGGAGAACCACAAUACCUCACAUACCCCUCUCUACCUCUCGCGCAAUCCGUCUUCAGCCUCGCCUCGCCAUACACAUCUACGCAGACGAAACAGACCUCUCUUCAAACACUCCAAGAUGGCAUCCGCGAGAAUCACAUGGCUCCUCUAUACGCCUACCUCGCACAUCCCCAGCACGGCAAGCUCAACCCGGGUGGGGAGAGCGGUAGUGCGAUGAUGUCGCCUGUGCUCAGCAGACAAAAUACUCUACCUGGCCAGAACGCAGCGGCGAAUAUGCCUGGUCCGGAGCAUAUGCUGAGGCGAACGACAUCAAUAGGCGCUCCGAGCAUGGUCGGUGUUCUUGGUGGGAAGACGGACACGAGCGUGGAGCUACCGUGGGAUGAGCAACUGUACGAGCAGCUGAAGGCAGAGAAUGAGAAGGAACUUGCUGCCAUCCAGAAGGAAGAGGAUGACGCUGUGGAGAGCGCGGGCGAGACGGAGAUUCAAAACGCACGAGGGAAGCGGGCAGAGUACUACGCCAGGAUUGGUGACAAGGAGAAGGCGAUUGCAGAGUUCGAGAAGCUGAUUGAAAAGACCGGCAUUCUCGGGACGAAGAUCGAUAUUGUGCUCGCCAUCAUUCGCAUCGGCAUGUUCUUUGACGACAAGCUUCUGGUGAAGAAGAGUGUCGAUCGCGCGUUGGUGCUUGUCGAGAGCGGCGGAGACUGGGACCGAAGGAAUCGCUUGAAGUCCUACCAAGGCCUGCACCUUCUGACCAUCCGCGCAUACGCCCUCGCAGCGCCUCUCCUGCUCGACUCACUCAGCACCUUCACGUCGACUGAGCUCUGCCCGUACUCCUCUCUGGUAGUCUACGCCACUCUUGCAGGAGCUGUCAGCCUACCGCGCCGCGACUUCAAAAGCAAAGUCGUCGACGCGCCUGAAAUCCGCGCCAUCUUUGGCUCAGACGCUGAUCGCAUGACUGCUCUCUCUGGUUCUGUAAGCGCCGGCACUGACGCCGACCCUGCAGAAGCAGAUGUCGACAUGGGCGACGCCACCUCCACCACUCCCAAACCUACCGCAGUCAACCUCACCACCCUCGCCUCUGGCUCCGCGGAUGCCGAAGCUCAGGCCAAAGCCGAACCGACCAUCGAUUUCCGACCUCUCGCCACCAUGAUCAACAGCCUCUACACCGGCACCUACAACACUUUCUUCACCUCCCUCGCCACCGUCGAGACCAAUUUCCUCAGCACUGACCGCUACCUCUAUGAGCAUCGCACCUACUACGUCCGCGAGAUGCGACUGCGCGCAUACAGCCAGCUGUUGCAGAGCUACCGCAUCGUAGGCCUGGACUCGAUGGCCAAGUCGUUCGGUGUGAGCGUGGAGUGGCUGGAUCGGGACAUGGCUGUCUUCAUCGCAGGCGGGCGCCUGGGAUGUGUGAUCGAUCGUGUGAGGGGUGUGAUCGAGACGAGAAGAGGCGAAGAGAAGGAGGGGCAGUUCAGGGAUGUUAUGCGCGUCGGUGAUGGGUUGAUUAGUAAAGUGCAGAAGUACGGGCAGGUGGUGCGAUUGAGGGGGAGUGAGCGGUGA